CCAUGGCGGCCUAAUCGCCGAAGACAGUCCGCCCAUCGCCCGGGCGGGCGCCUACGCCGCACCAUGGCAGCGAGAGCCAGCGCCCUUCCUGCUGCGGCCCCGCACGACUACUCCAACGGGGACCGGCGGAAGGCUGGCGAGGCCACCGCGGCGCCGGCCUCGGACGAGCCCAGCCCCCACUGUGGCGCUCGGCUGCCCGCGCCCGCCGCCGAGGGCACGGGCGCCAACGCGGAGUACUGGCAGCAGGUGUGCCGGAACAUGGCCCGCAGCCCCGCCUCGAAGCCCGACGGCUUCGCGAGCGCCAUGCUGUACGGGGACGGCGUCUCGCGGCGCUGCUUGGAUGUCAAAGCCCGCGCGGGUGCGUAUGCGAGUUGCGGCAAGGAGGGGCCCACGGAGUGGCUGCAACACAGGUCCAACUCCUCCGAGUCGCAGCAGGUGGUGCCCGAGCUCUACGGGGACGGCGUCGUCAGCGCGAGCCCGUGCCCCGGCCACGCGGCCCGCGGCGGCUGUGGCCCCACCUCCGCCCCGACCCCGUCCCUGCGCCCCGCCGAGGAGGGCGGCGCCGUGCCCCGGCAGCCGCUGUAA